AUGCGCCGACUAGCCUCGCAUUUGUCCGUAAUUCGAAUUUUUCUCAACCCGCCAAGUCCUCCGAACAGCGAUUAUGAGAAUCCGGACUCGCCGGAGAUUCCGAUUUCCCCAAAUUCGAAUUACAAAUCGUCCACCUCGACGCUGGUGAUCAAUACUCCAACGCCAGAGCCGACGGUCCUGAAUCCGUGGAUGAGGAGUGCUUCGCCCAGUCAUUUCUUGCAGGUAAGCCCUUUUAAAUUUUAAAAAAAUUCAUCUAUUUACUGUUUUUUUAUUCAUCUAUUUACUCAAGAAAAAAGUCGGAGGCUAUAACUUCCGGCGGAGGCAACGCAGAGACUUUGUUUUUGGAAUAUGUAUUUUUAAGUGACAUUAAUUUUUGCCUAUGAAAUAACAAGAUUUUUAAGUGCAAACUGAGGUUGCUGCGACCUUUUGAAGUAGGGCACUUUUACCCCGAAAACCAGUGUUUUUUCGGCUGGAAAUGAUCUCGAAAUUUGUGACUUUUUUCGGUUGAAACCUACCAAGCAAUGUCGGAUUUUUUCGGGUGUUUCGAUAUCACCACUUCCCACGAAUUAAACAAACUUUUGCCAAAUUUAAUCAAAACUUUGCAAAUUACUUGCAAAUUUUUUGCAACUUUUAGGAACGAGCGGAAAGAGUUGUAAUGUCCCGAUAAUAACUGUUCCUCGUAAAGGUUGUUUCUUCAUUAUACACGCAAACAAGAUUAGGUGGCAAUUCUGAUAGGCCGGCCAUUAUUUCACCUUUUUAUUUUCGACACUUACAGCCAUUUCUAUUUUUUGUUUUGGAUACAAAAUUUUCGUUUGAAUGAGGGACAAAUUUGGGGUGCAUUUGAGUUCAAAAUUAAGCUCAAAAUUUUCGUUUUGUAUUCGCAAGGUAAGCCGAGAUUUUUCGAAGUUUUCGGUCGGCUUACUAGACGGAAUAAAUUUUUGCUCUUGCCUGUAGAUAACCUAAUGUUUUUCGGUACUAAUUUUCGUAGCCUUUAGCCCAAACUUUUCUCAAAUUUCAAUUCAUUUUUUCCAGGUACCCCGAGACGAUUUUGCCCCAGAGGACGUCCCUCGCCUCUGCUCUCCGCCUCCGCGACGAGCCAGCAACACUUCAGCGCAUUCGGCGCUCUCCGAGGCAUCGUCCAGCACCAUGCUUUCGCCUGGAAUGCUGAGUGCGGGCGUUAGUUCGAGGUCCUACUCAUUUGCCAGCUAUUCCGAUGACAAUGAGACCCCGCCAAAUGAACUUCAAAUCCCGUGUCUACGGCCACAUAGCACUCAGGUUGGGGCUGGGGAAAUAUCAAUUUGAAAAAGACCAAAAAAGUCUUAUUACAGUGGAAAAAAGUCUUAUUGAGGGAGAAAAAUGCAUGCAAGAUUCUAAAGAGUCCAAAAAUACAAAGGAUUUUUACUUUGGAAGACAUUCUCAUCUGUUGGUUGUAAUUUAGAAUACAUUUUUUAUAGCUAACAAUACAAAAUUUUAGUCAACGCCGGGCGGAAACAUCUCCCCGACCAUCCUGCUCUCGCCCGUUCUUUCUCGGCCGGUCCGCUCUCAAAGCGCCCACUCGCCGCCGUUCCAGCGAUCCUCCUUGAUGAUGCUGCAAGGAAUGGGACAAAGCUUCACCAAUGGCUCAGACUCCGACAACGAAUCGGUCAAAUUCCGUCCAAUUUCCCGCCAAUCCUCCCUCUUUCCUCAACGGGCGCCAAGUCGAAGCGGCUCAAUUUUGGGUGCCCACAUCUGCACGCUAGCAACGCCAACCGGGAACAGCGACAGUCUCAGCGGAUCCCACAGCGGCGCCCAGACGCCGAGUGGACUGCACAUGUCCGGCGGAUCGUUUUCGUUUAAUUCGGCGGCUGCGCAGAGGUUUGGCACUUCCAGUUAUUCGCUGCAACGACACGGGAGCAGUGCAUCAGGUGGGUAAAAAAUUUGAUGACUAAUUUAUGGGGUAAUGUAAGCCUCCGAGGAGCGGAAAUCCUCAAAGUGCGACGAGUAAUUUUGGUGAAAAUUGAAAUCAAAAUUAGAAUUUUCUGACUCGUAUGGGAGGUUUUAUUUUUUCCAGUGGUUUCCACGAGAUAUCGAGAUUUUGCGCCCCAAAAUAUCCAAUUUUUUUCUACUUUCUUUUCUCAUUUUUUAUCGUCUUUUGUCCACAAAGAUCAUUGAAUAUCUUGACUACCUCUGUAAAGCAAGACCUAAAGAUUUCAGCGAUUAAAACAUGGUUUAUUUAGAGCAAAUUACAAAAAAAUUUAAUUAUUUUUAAGCUUAUUUUGAUAUCUUAAUUCUGCCAACUGUUGUGUACCCAUAUCUCUUUCGCUACUGAGUUGUAAACAUUGUGAAAACGAUUAGUAACAAGGAUUUGCCGAGUUCCACGAAAAAGUCAUGGGACGAUAAAUGAGGACUCCGAUUAUUACACAAUAAGCGAUAAUCCGAGGGGUCUUUGGGGCGAACUUUUGGAAAGUAAUUUACAUAGACGUAUACGCAAUAAGAAUUCAUCCAAAAUUCCGAGUUCUUGCUGUUCGAACUGUCUCUUUUUGCAUAAAUGUGUAGCAAUUCUUUUCGCCUUUCCGGGCCAGAAGUUGGUUUCCGUCAAAAAAAAGAGAGGAGAGAGGGAACGUCGACUCUGGUAAGAAUACUUUGCCCUAAGGGUGUAAGGAUGCUUUGGCUUACACCUCGGCUUCUUUUAAGUGCGUGUUCGCCCUUGGAAGGAGGCGUUUUUUUGAGUGACAAGUAUUAUCUUUUAUUUUCGCAAAACAUGCGUGAAUCGUGACGUACUUGUUUUGCGGAAAGUAAUAAAGAACCGAGAGGGUUUCCAGCGACAUUUGCAAUUUAGCUCCUCGAAAAGCGAAAAUAUUGGGAAAAUUUCUGGUAAUCAAGAAUUAUACUUCUUUAGCCAGCGUGUUUUUUUUGUCAUAAAUGUUAUACGGAGCCUAGUAAUUGAGCACUUUUAAAUCAAAAUCCACAGAAAAGUGUUGGCUCCAAAUUUCAUUAGAAUUUAUUUCUCCUAACAGGGGAAGUACCCCAAGUGCGACGCUUAGAUUUUGAUGAAACUUGCUUCAAAUUUAGAAUAAUUUUAUCUAAAAUAUAUGCGAGAAUCCUAGCUCGCGCUUUGCAGAAACAGCCGAGAUUUUUGGAUAGAAAGUCGGCGAAAAUUUGAGACUUUUUUGUCAAAUUUCGGCACGAAAAGUUUCAUGCCUAUUUCUACCAUAGAGGGUAAUAUUUCAAAAAAAAAUUAAUUUUUUCCGCGCGAAACUAGCAAAGUUAUGGCAAAAAGCGCUUUUCUCUCUGACCGCUCUGCACGCUUAGUGUGCUCUCUCGGCGACAAAGAUCGUAGAUUUUCUCGGCGGCGCUUGCAAAGCACGAGCUAAAACUUUCAGGAAUUGAUAUCUAGUCUAUGCCUGAAGUGAAUGCAAAAUUUAAAGAAAAUCUGAGCGUCGCACUUGGAGUACUUCACUUGUUAGCUAAAAAAUUUUCCAUAAUUUUCCGGACCUGAACAUUUUCAAUUUUUUAUGCAGAAAUAUUCCCCUUUGACCACUUGCAAACACACAAAAUUUGAAUUCUGCAUUCCCCCAGGAUGCUCGUCGAAAAUGUUAAUUUAUAAAUAUGGUCGGUUAGGGGAUUACUUUCAAAUUUGGCCCCGAACACUGGCCACUAAUGAGAUCUCAUUUCGGAGUUAUUGUCUCCCCCUCAUUUCCUUGACAUUUCAACCCACUGAAUUUGCCUCAAAGCAUUUUGUUGAGUUGAAAAUUCGAGGGAUUUCGAAUCCAACCGGGUUGUGGCCAUUUUUAGAAAUCGGAUAAUUUGUUGGCAAGAAACAACCGAGCCUAAUUUCGGGUCCGACUUUUCUCCCAUUCAAAUGGCGCCCGGAAUUCGUUAAAAAGGGCGGAAAGUCAUCCAUUCGAAAUUGGGCGGAAUUCGCGAUUUUUAACAAUCGAGUUAGAUGAGGUUUCGAAAAGAAUGCGGUUGUUUUGAUAGCACUUCCUUGCCACCAUUUUCUGGAACUGACAAGGGAUGUACCCCAAGUGCGACGUUCAGAUUUUUUUUAAAUUUUGCACGCACGUCUGGAAUAGACUAAAUAUCAAUUCCUGAAAGUUUUAGCUCGCGCUUUGCGGGUAGAUAUUGAACGAUUUUUGCCGCCGAGAGAGCACACAAAACGUGGAGAGCGGUCAAAGAGAAAAACACUUUUUUUGGCCAUAACUGCGCUAGUUUCGGCGGAAAAAAAUUGAUUUUUUGUGGAAACGUUACCCUUUACGGUAGAAAUAAGCAUGAAACUUUUUGUGUCGAAGUUCGGUAAAAAUUGUCAAAUUUUCGCCGACUUUCGAUCUAAAAAUCUCGGUUGUUUCUGCAGAGCGCGAGCUACGAUUCUCGCAUAUAUUUUAGCAAAAAUUAUUCUAAAUUUGUCUCAAGUUUCAUCAAAAUCUGAGAGUCACACUUGGGGUAAUUCCCCUGUUUAGCCGAUACGUUCUCAUUAGGCUAGUUUUGAUUUCUAUGAGUUUUAGCUUAUGCUUUGCAAGUGCAGCUGAGGUAUUCAACGAGUACACAAAAACGAAAAAAUAAAUGCAGGCUGAAAAUAUCGAUAACCUCUUAAAAAAUUAGUCACUGAAAUUUGCAUUAGAUUUUUAACACUUGCUUUUUCCAACCAAUCAAAAUUUCAGAGCCGAAAAAAUCAUUAUUUUUGGGUUUUAUUUUUAUUUUCCAAAACUCCUUUCCUUCCUUGAAAACUCAUAAACGACGUUGUCUUCCUGAAAAUUUACAGCUGAAAUAUUGCCAUUGAAUUGGGGGGAAAAAACAACUCUCCUAUAGCUAUUUACGGGCCGUUUCUUGUCCGCUAGUAAUUUCGGAGGCCGGGACUUAUUGCCAAUGCCGGGCGCAAAAUAAUUGGUGCUUGCGGCGGGAAGUCCUUGCCCAUUGUUAGGCGAGCAUCAGAAGAAGCUGCAUUUCGAAUUUCAGAGAGACAAUGAACGUGAAGUUUGGGCUGUUUCUCAUUUAUUCGAUGGUGUUGUUUUUGGCAAGGCACGUACAUAUUGCUAAAUUAAACACAUAGGUUUUGAUGAGACUUGACAUAGAUUUAUUUUUGCCCCUCUAACCCUUAGGCAACGCUUUUAAUUUGCGCUUCACAGAAACCAUAGAAACUUGAAAAUCAAAAAAAAAACGGCGGAAAAUCCAUAAUUUAUGAGCGAUUUUUGAUUUUCAAGAUGAUGGUAGUUCUCAAUGGGCAAUGUUGCAGCCAAACAAAAUUUUUCAAGCUUAGAAAUUUACGUUUCAGGAAGAUUUUCUCUGACCCUCUCUCAUUGCUUACAAUGGUCUUGCUAAAUAUUGUUUAUCUCGGUUGUCCCUGCAAAGUACAGCUACAAUUUUCAGGAAUUUAUUUUUGCCCAACAAGUAGCGUUUCCGCCAAAUUUGCAAAAAUUCUGUAUUCUACGCUUUGAGAAUUUCCAGGUUAACUUCAAACCAAGAUUUCUUCAGUGUCUGCGAAAAAAUGCCGUCCAAAAUUUUUUCAUAGCCUUAAAAACUUUUAAUCUUUUUCUAUUCUUGAUCCUACGCAAAAUCCACAUGCCACGGUUGUCAUACUUGCCCUCUAAGAUUACGUUUUGACACAUACAAAACCCUCGUCUUAACGCAACAAACAUACAUAUAAAAACGGAUAAUCUUAUCCUUUCGCUUUUCGUAUUCAAUUAAAUUCUCUUCCCAUAACUCGUUGCUGGCGCGGUCCCGGCCUUCGAAUACGUGUUAUUUUUGGUGUUCAUUGGAAGGGAGGGGAACGUACGCACCCCAAUUUGUGCACCCCCUGAGUGGGUGCCGCAUUUACCCGGGACGGGCGGUAAUAACUGAGAUAUUUAUAUUCCGCGGUUCUCGAAAACAUUGGCCCGAGACUUGUCAGUACUUAUUAGUCCAUUUUGUUGUACUAUUUUAAUAAAAAAUGUCUUCAUAAUAGGUUAUUGGCUUGUUUGUCUACCAAGAAGCCCUGCAAUAUUUUUGCGGUUGUUAAGAUGCAUAGUUAAGAUAUUACUUAGCAAAUGCCGGGAUAGAUGGGAACGGAAUGGUCUAAAGAUUUAAUAAUUUAUGUCCAUCAGCCCCACGGCCAGCGGGGCCGAAUAAACAAUUGUCGUUCCGAGUUCGUUUAUGUGUUUUUUUAUAUCUCUAGUUGUUUUUGUUCCAAGAAAACUUUUAUUAGAAUUUUUGAACGAUUUCCACUCUUUUUUGCCCUUAAUUCAAAACGUUUUCUUAGGACAACACACGAGUUUUAUAAGUUCUUUAAUCAUCAACCCUUAGGGACUUUUCUUUAGCCACAAUUCUCAACCUAAAGCUUAUUAAAAGAGGACUUUCUUUAUGUCGUUUUAGAUUCCGGAAGUACCUGCGGAUUCUUCGGCCGUCAGCGCUCUUUGCGGGCUCAACGUUCGGUUUGUGGCAGUGGAUCCUCGCCGUCAGUGCAGCCGCAAAAGCAGACAAGUAUCGACGAGCACAAGCUGAGGCAUGGCUACGGCAAGGUAGGGGUUUUUAACUCAAAAGAUCUUAAAACUUGGAAAUUUUGAACGGCCUAAACCCUAGUUUUUUAAAACUCGGAUUUUUAAUUUAAAAAUUAAAAAUCCAAUUUUCGAAAAUCUUGCUGAUACUGAAUAACUAAUUAAUUUGUCAUAUUACGGAAUUUCAGGCACCCUUCUCCCCAUCGGAACCCCAAGCCCUUGGCUUGAAACGCAAGAAUUUGAACCCUCAGCCGUUCCCACUUCAGCGUUCCAGCUCCGAAGCGCAGUCGGACUCGAUGAACGCCAAGCAUUUGUUGGCGGUUUCCACCGCUACGGACGUUCGAAGCCGUCGCAACAAUCGCCGACCGUCCUCGUAUGCGGUAGCGUUCCGUGGCUCUCAACAGAGUGGGAGUGAGUUUGGUUUUGGCAUUUUCUAUUAAUAAAAGAGGCAAGGCUUAAAGGGCAACAGGCAGAUUUUGUUUAUAUCUAUAGCAUAUGUACUUUACAUGACCAGAAAUCCUUUCCUCAAAGCUUAGGUCUUCGGUAAGCAUAGCUAAUCAUAGAUCUGGACGAGGGACUCCGGGAAAUUAGGAGAGACGAGAGAAAAAAAGUUUUUUGGCUCUAUCUUUGCAAAUUUUCCGUGGGAAUUUUUGAUAGUUUGUAUCUUCCACACAAUGCCAAUUUCUCAACAUCAAAAUCACAAAAAAAUUUAGAUGUCAUCAAAUUUUUUGUAUCCAAAAAUUUCGGCCGUUCAUAAGACAAAAUGCAAACUAGACUUCCUCAAAAUGUUUUCAAAGAUUUUAAUUUAUUCCAAACACCAUAAACCUCAAACCAUUACAUUUCCAUAUUUCAACUUUCAAAGCCAAAUACUUUACCGUCGCCAUGUUUCUUUCACAAGUAUAAUCUUCCUGUUGGCUUGUUGUCAACCCGUGUUUCGAUUUCUCCCUUUGUUUGAAGACCUGAUAAGAAUGCUCAUCGGCGUUAAAUUUAGCCGUUGUGAUAACAAUAACAAUGUAUUUUUGCAAAACAACCCGAAAACAGGAAAAGCAUAUGAUUUGAUAGGGAGAAGGAUAGUAUGUUUACUGAGUCAUUACAAUGGUAUUACUACUCAUGACGGGUGUUUUCACUAAUUGUAAGAAUUCUCAACAAUAUUUAGUUUAAAAUUUUGGAGGUGUCUUGAAAAUUAAACUUGAUUUGAUGACGAAUAUUUUACCAUUCAAAUUUUGCGGCCUAGCGAGGAUUUGCCCAUUUUAUUUCUGCUCAAAUAAACGCCGCUUUCUGGCUUUCCUUUAUAAACCACCCAAACUUCACUCAUUUCACCUUGGCGAAAACGCGAAAACAAAAGAGGUUUUUUGGGGGCGACCACGUGUUCCCAAACGCCAUAAAACUCUUCACUUCUCCAAUGGAGAAACGAGAAAUUUUGAGGGAAUUCUUGUAAUAAUCGAGGGUUUUUGACACAUUAUAUUUUUUUCCUCCGGUACUCUUCUCGGAUCCCCGCGCACGCAGCGAUUUUUCAUGGAUAUUCAAAGAAGAUUCCCAUGGAACAAAAGGGAUAUGACUGCACAAAAUUCUCUCGUUUUGAAUUGUAAAAUUUGCUCUCUAUAAUAACUAGCUCAGUAAGUUUCAUUUUGUCUAUUGGUCAGCUUUGUUACCACAACCCUUUGACUUGAAAAUUUGGAAAGAUAUCAAAACCUCAACGACCAGAUGACCCCAAUUUUUUCUUGUUUUUACGAAUGGUCUAUGCCCCCGGGGCAAUCUAAUUCCGGUCCCGAGAAUCCCGAAUCAAUGCGAAUUUAAAUAAGGCCAAGGAAGGAAGACGAAAGACCCUCUGGGGAUGCGGGGGAAGGGAAAAAUGUCCUCAUGAAAUCCGGAAAUCCCAAGUUUUAAACCCGCAGAAAUCUUGCUUUUAUUUUAUCCGUAUCAAAACAUGCUUUUUGGAUCUAAAGUCUUCAAAGCCUCUGGCAUUUUUAUUCUAUUAAAGACUUCAAAAAUCAUUGUUUCUCUGCUUACUAGUUUUCCCGAUUUGGUCCCUCUUCACCUAUUUUUGGCAUGUCCCUCUUAGUAAUUUCUCCUCUCCCUAAACCUUUUCUGAUCUCUCAAGCAACAUUUUAUAUUAUUUUUCAACUUCCCACUUCAUCUUGUCAAUCAAACCAAUUAUACUUACACACCUUCCCAAAAAUCAAUUGCCUCCUCUCGCCAUCCUUCAUUUCUCCAGUUAUCCCGGCAAAUUCAUACAUUUGGCCCUCUUUUUUUCUGUAAGCCAUUCCGUUUUUCUCGCUCGAUUAACUCAAAAAGUCUUGGGCGAAAUGCAAACUCCAUUAUUGGAGUAGUUGCGAAGUGUCAAACGUUUUCAACCCAUAAUAAUUUUCGUGAGUGUAUCGGAAAAUUCGGGUCUUAUUCACGAAGUCGGGGGGCUCGGAUGCGUCGAAUUUGGGUUGAGUAUUCGGUAUUCAGUCGUUUUUCACUUCUCCGUUCCAUAUAACCUAGAGCAAUAUAAAACCGAGGGGAUUUUUCUACUUCAGUAUUUCCAAUAAGUUCAUUUAAUCUUGCAAGAGUUGUAGCAUCUUUGCACUCCGCUCAUUUGCCAAGAAUAGCUAUUGUAGGAAGAAUGACGAGUUUUUGAAGCCACGAAUUAUUAAUGUGGAUAUUGUUUUUCCCUAGCGAUUCUGCUUUUCCAUGGAUAUGCCACUCAAAAACAAAAUAGAUAAAUUGGCAUUUCGAAGUCCCAUUGUUUACUGUCUGCCUCUCUUUCAAUUGCGUUCCCUUUUAAUAAUUACCAGGCCAAGAUAUUGUAGUACAAAGUAAUACGUCAACAUAUCACAAUGACUUGAUAUAUCUAAAACUCAUUUUAAUUGCAGACUUCCUACACCCGCCCAACCAGUUCGAUUUUGGCCCUUCGGCCCCAUCGGCUGGCGGUUUUGGCCACUCCGGCUCGAACAUGCACCGAAUCCGCAACCAGCUGGGUCAUUCCGACCCACAACUUUACACUUACACACAGAAUUCGGGUAGACGAUCCGUCUCCGGCGGACGGACGUCGGCACUGCACUCGAGUCCGGCGUCGGCUGUACGGUUUCGCGUAAGUAUCCUUAUUUUUUUGUCGAAGUUUAGAUGAGUUUAUUUGAAGACAAAUGGGCACUUGAACGAGCAAGGUUGUGAAGCCUUAAUUCGCUAGAUUUCAAAUUCUUUAAUAACAAAAUUUUCGUUUGCAGAAAGCUUCUGUAUUCUUGGAUCACAACCGAUCUCAUCGUGCCUCUAUUCUCUCUGCUCACAAUGUAGAGACCUCACUCUCCGAAGAGCCAACUUCUGGAUUCCAGUCGACUUCGAACCCGUCUUCAACUAUAGGACUUCCGAAACUCCCAUCAAUAAGAAGGAGACGUCGACCAUUGGCACCGGUCAGCUCCGGAGACGGCAGUGGGAAUCAUGGAGGAGUUGGGAAACCAAGGAGUGGAUCCAGUUUGGCAGCACCUUAUCUCUUACAUCAUGGUGAUAAUCGACGCUGGUCGUUGGCUUCGCUGCCCAGUUCAAGUGGAUAUGGGACGCCUGGGAGUGUUUCGGCAUUAUCUGUAAGUUCUUUUGUCAUUAAUAUCUAAAAGCAAUCAAUUCUACAAAAAAAAAAAUAUUUUUUGGAGGUAUUAGUAUGCAUUUUUUGCAUUUUAAAAUUAAUUUUUGUUUUUCAGAGCGAAUAUUCAUCACAAGAGCAACUCCCGCAAUUGCUGGGAGAUAUCAAAUUACAACAUCGGUAUGACAGUAAUGAUUCUUACCCAUCAAUGGAGGAGUCUUCCCUUUUGGCUGGAAUGCGGCCUCGAUCCCGAUCCCUCUCAAGUCCAGUCCGUUUUGGGUCAGAGUCAGGUGGAUUUGAUCCCAAUCCGAAUGCCAUGUCUCAAGUCUACAAAGAACGAUUCCCCAAGGCAAAAACUCAAAUGGAGUCCCGGCUUCAAAACUUUUUACAAUUUAACGCGCCCUUGAGUGGGUUCACAUCUCCGAUCUCUCUGGACCGUCCGGCCAGCCCGCUACACCUUACGGACCCCGUUGGAACCCAACAACGCGCCUCUUUAGCGCGUCAGCCAUCUUAUCAUCGGCCAAGCAGUCCGUGUCGGCCAUCUUCGCCCAUCCCGAGACCAAUAAGUCCGCUGGCGAUGGUUGAUGCAACUGCAGCACAAGACGGGAAGGUCGUGUUCCGCUCGGCGUCCGGUCACAGUAGUCAAAAUCUCCAGUGUACGACGCCGUACGGGAACAGUAGUAGUGCGUAUUACUUCCCAGGGACUCUGAGUCAGCAAAACCCGCAACCCAGUUUUCAAGCUUUCCCCGGAUUGGCUCAACAGUCAAGUCAAUUCGGAUCCUUGGCCAGUAAUGUUGGAUCGAUUUGUCUUGGACCGAAUGACAGUCAGACAACCAAUACGACGAAUUCCACAUCCAGAAGGUCAACCAUGGCCCAAUGUGACGCGCCACUUACGAAUCCAACGCUGUUGAGAGUGCUGGCAGAAGGCGCCACCAGAUUCAUUCAUCAUCAAAUUUGUGAGAUAGCUGCGGACUGUCUACAGAAAUCAAGGGAUGAUCAACUUACUUCCAGUUAUUUUUGUCAAAUGUCGAUUCGUUUGGAGGAAAGUUUAGCGGAAGCUCAGCAAAAAACGAGUGCCGAAAGUUUUAAAUUCCUGGCCAGUAUUUGCAAACAACUCCUGAUGAUUGUUUCGAGGACGGCGAGGCUUUUGGAGAGUUUGGAGUUUGAUCCUGAUGAGUUUUACAGGUAAAAUCUUGGGAUUUUUUUUAAAUAUUUUUUCUGGGUUGAGAAAUAAGUUAUCAACCUUUUUGCAGGCUGCUGGAAGAAACAGAAGGCGCUCUUCGCUAUCAGCUCGGGGCCGGAAAUGCAAGAGUCCCAGAUCUUCCACAAUACAUCAUUGACAAGCUCGGGCUCAACAAAAAUCUGAUAAACGAUCGAUCUUCUCCGCCCGACCUAACUGAGCCCGAAAUCUCAUAUCCGAUCGAACCCGCAGUCGCUGAUCUACAACAAAGCGAAGUGAUUCCAAGAAAAGGCUCCACAGCCAUCACGGAAGACCAGUUGAGAGCGUUAACGGCAAAUGCUCCCAAGGAAGAGGAUUUUGAGACAAUUCGACUGAUUUCGAAUGGAGCUUAUGGAGCCGUAUACCUGGUUCGUCAUCACCGAACUCGGCAGAGAUUUGCGUUAAAGAAAAUGAAAAAACAAACGCUGCUUUUGCGGAAUCAAGUGGACCAAGUUUACGCUGAACGGGAUAUCCUCACUUUCACCGACAAUCCAUUUGUUGUUUCGUUCUACGGCUCCUUCGAAACCAAACAACAUCUCUGCAUGUUGAUGGAGUACGUGGAAGGUGGAGAUUGCGCCAGCCUGUUGAAGAGUGCUGGAGUCCUUCCCAUCGAGGUUGCCAGGCUUUAUGUGGCCGAGACUGUCCUUGCGAUCGAGUAUUUGCACUCUUGUGGGAUUGUCCAUCGAGACCUCAAGCCGGACAAUCUUCUGAUCACCUCGAUUGGCCAUAUUAAACUGACAGAUUUUGGGUUAUCCAAAAUCGGACUCAUGAACAGAACUACUCUGGUGUCGGAAGGUUUCCUCGAUGAUACGCAACAAUUCCGCGACAACCAACUUUGCGGAACUCCGGAAUACAUUGCGCCGGAAGUGAUUCUGCGACAGGGUUAUGGAAAGCCAGUCGAUUGGUGGGCUCUGGGAAUCAUUCUCUACGAAUUCUUGGUUGGAAUCGUUCCAUUCCUUGGUGGAUCUCCGGAAGAAUUGUUUACGAACAUCAUCAAUGAAGAAGUGGAAUAUCCGGAUGGUGAGGAAGCCUUGGAUCCGAAUGCCGAGAACUUGAUUCAAAUGCUGUUGGAGAAGAAUCCAGUCGACCGAUUGGGGACGUUAGGAGGUGCACCGGAUGUUGCAAGCCACCCCUUCUUCAACGCCUUGGACUUUAACAGCUUGUUGAGACAGAAGGCUGAAUUCGUCCCAAAUUUGGAGAAUGAAGAGGACACCAGUUACUUUGACUCAAGAACCGAUCGUUACAAUCAUGAUGCAGAAUCGGGAGAUGACGAAAGUGUCCCGAUGUUCUGGAGCUUCUCAACGGCCAGUCCAAGGCAUUCGAUCACAGCGAUUGAUAUCAGCAUGGCCCAAUUGGCGCAGCUUAAUGCUGCUGCAAGUCCCACUCUUCAGGCAACAACAGAAGAACCAAGGGAAGAGAGCGCUACGAAAAAACCUUGGACGGAUGAGAAAGCCGAGAAAGAAGAGGCGGAAUACAUAACGCAAGAAAAACGACCGGUCGGAAAGACAUUGUCUCAAAGAACGGCGGAUUCGAGUAAUUCCGGGCAGAGAGACUCCGGAGAUCUUGGAACGAUCAAUUCAUCCUCUUCAACGGCCGCGCAAACGCCCAAUUCCGCCCGCUGGGAUGAUCCGUCAAGUCCGAGCGCUAUUCUGCUUCGUCAACGAUUCUCGGCGACAAGACAAGCGAAUCUAAGUACGAGUAGUUCUGGGACAACUGGAACAGGCCCUCUGAAUACGUGCUCUUCGACGGACUCAUCGAUGGACGCGUCUUUCUUUGCUGGGGACCAUUCUCAUUUACCAUCGAGAAGACAAACGACCAACUUUUCUCCCCUCCCCAGAUUCGCUAUAUCGUCAUGUGAGCAGCCAAACAACGCUGCGCCAAAUACGACACAAUCCCAGCAUCGUCGGGCAACUCUCAGUGCAGAGCCCGAACCGCGAGAGCGAUCGAAAACAACAACCGCAACCCCAGUUACGAAACGAACGGAAAGCUUACGAGUAGUCAUUCCCGGCUCUAGUCACGCGCUCGCACAUGAAAAAUCAGCUAGUCAGACCUCGAUUUAUUAUCACGCAGCUCCACCAAAUGCUAGUCCAGAUCGCCAGAGCCAGUCCAGUCUAAGCAGCUUCGAACCGAACUCUCCGAGAGUUGCGGCCAAGUCAGAAAACGCAACACCGCUACCUCAGUUAAGGUCGGGAUUACUGGGAAGCGACAAAACUUUCACCACCGACCGACCCACUCUCACAGAUCGAGCCAGCUUUUCCGGCGUCUCAACCAGCGAUAAACAAGUCGCCUCUUCCGCGCAACCCCUCCAAACUGGUCAAAUUGUCGGCCGACCGGUCGUAAUCCGGAAAGGAGUAAAAGGAUUCGGCUUUACCAUCAGAUCAGUUCGAGUCUACCUGAGCGCCGACUCCGAUUACUACACGAUUGAACAUAUUGUGGCAGCAGUGCGGGAGGGCAGUCCGGCGGAUGACGCGGGCCUAAAAGAAAAUGAUCUCAUUACCCAUGUACAUACACAGCCAGUUCACAACAUGACUCAUCCUCAACUAAUGCAUCGAUUACUGUCCGGAGCGCCCGAAAUCACACUGCACGUGGUCCCGUUGAAUUCGACGAGUAUUCGCGAAGGAGAAGCCCGGAGAAAUGUGGGCAAAUUGCUGAGGAAGAAGCCGCGGAGGCCCCAAAGAAGAGUGCCGUUGGAGAAAAAGACGAGGAAAACUUCGGCGUUGUUCAGGCAAGGGGAUUUUUGCGAUUUGAUGAGAGAAUGAUUUGAAAUAAUCCUAUAAUAUUUCUUUUCAGACGGCUCAGUGGAAAACGAGGAAAUGGCGAGAUUGUUCCCGGUGCCUCGACUCAAAAACAGUCGUUCAUGCCGAGAUCUGCCUCCAGCCAGGACGGAGUUGCUCUCAGUCUGAGUCCAGCGCCAAUGUCUCACCUCUUAAAUGAGAAGAGAGUCGACGAUCAAGAGCCAUGUACAAGCUCCAACCUCCCGAAGCCUCAAUCGCAACAUCGGCGAAGCUCCGGCCAUCAACUUCUCCAUCCUCAUACGAAUAGCAAUCCAGUUCCGUCGGCGGGUGAAAGCUCGCGAAGGAAGCACACAACAGGCAGCAUUGACAUCCGAGAACCGCAUGGGAGCAUAACGGUUCCCUUACCUCCUCAUUUACAAGGCCCAAGGACCGUCAUAAAGCCGCGCACACAGGAACCGCUGAGCACAGUUGUAAGUUUUGUAUUAUUUUUUGACUUUCUUUUAAUUAUCGAUUUCACAAGGGAUUAUUUCAGCCAUCCAUGCCGUCAACUCCCUCGCCAGCCCCACAAGCAUCAACUAUAAAUCCUCUGGCGAUCGAAGCGCCGGUCUCAACGCCGAAAGGAGCGCCCACACCAAAGCCCUCGACCAUUCGACGUCCCUCAACUCUGAUCGAACAAAAGCCAAGUUCCGGACCGCGUAUGGAAGAACAACCGAUCCAACGACCGCGUCCCACCGAGCUCAGAAAGUCGAGUGCUCCGGUGGCAACGAUACCACCGACUGUGGCAACAGCCAGUAGUGUGCCAACUCAGCCACCAAGUCAAGUUGAAGAGGCGAAAAAGGUGGACAAGACGGAAAAGGUUGAGAAAGAAACGAGCGAGGUUCGACCAAAGAGAGAGUCGAUUAAAAGGUGAGUUGGAAGGGUGGUUUGAUGGUGGUUGUUGCUAAUGAUAAAAUACAAGGCACGUCAAUCCAGCGCAUUUCCUCAACCGUUUCGAAAAUUACAGACGAAAUGUUGGGAAAUUAUCGGCACUUUUUUCGCCCGAAAUAAUUGCUUUUUCUCGAAAAGGAAGAAAAAAUACACGAAAAUGCGUUUUAUCGGAUAGUGACAUUUCGUUUUGAACGAAUCACCAAAAAGGGGCGGGAAGUUUUUUCUUUUAUUUUGGAUUGACGUGCAAGAGCCAUUGAUUAUAUCGGGAGCAUAAUUUGCAAUCAUUUUCGAUUUCUAAGACUUUAUUUUCAUACAAAUUCAUCAAAAUAUUAUUUUAGGCCACCAGUUCCAACCCGAAAACUUUCACCGUCUCGCCUGGUCCAACGCCUCUUCCGCGCCGCCUCCUCGGCCUCCUCCUCCGCUGCCGCCCAAUCCGCACUACCCAGGCAAAAAUCCACCGAGGAAAACAAAUGA